AUGAAUUGUUUCAGGAGAAGCAGAAAAUCCCUGAGAGCCCUAGCCUUAAGCAAGCUUAGCAACUUUGCUCAUGCUGGUGAAGAAAGUUCACCAAUUGAGAAAUUGGUAGCCUCUUUACCGAUUAGUUAUUCCUCUGACACAACUAAACUUUAUACAAUUCCCCUGACACUAAAUGAGAUGGAAAUUCUUUUAGCACUCUGUCGAUGCGAAAUUGGGAGCCUGUCACAGGUUGAAGGACUUUUAGAUAAUUGCUUGAGUGUCUAUUUUGUCGGUAGCCCCAAGCAAAGGUUUACUGAAUACGUUAUCGAAAAGUAUAGGCAACAGGGGCUUAAACAUCCUGCUGAGAUAGAAACUUUUGAGCUAACAAGGUUUUUGAUUAGAGCAAAUAAAAGGUUUCCUCAAUUGUUUAAAAAAACAUGCCAAUACAUUGACAGGUACCUAGCUGCGGUUUGCGAUCAAAUGUCGAUUAAUGGACUCUUGUCAAUUGCUGGUCUUAUCGACGCAUUUAUCUAUGAAGACGGAAGCAUGUUAACCCACGUCGUUGUGGACCGCUUAUCCACAUUGAUUACCCAACCUUUUCUCUCUGCAGUCGAGAACCUAGUCUCCCAAUCUGUGAAUAAUAAUGCAUUGAUAGAUUAUUUCGACAAUGGGCGCGAAAUCUGUUCAUUGCUCUUUUGUAAACUGGUCCAAAAACUACAAGUCAAAUAUGCUUGUAGCAUUUUGAAUGUCCCAAUUGAUUCGUCCCUUGUCAAGUUUCUUUUGGACUUGAAGUCUUCCCAAUUCAACGAAGACAAAUUAAAAGUCUAUUCAGAGUUUAAGUUAAAGGUGGAAAGGAAUAGAGCGGCCCUAACAAAGUUAUGCACGUAUUCUUUGGUGCAACUGACUGAGCUUGAGGAAGGAGCUCAAUAUAUUGACCUCUCUACGCAUAAUAGAAUCUCUCUCGCCUACGAUGCAAAAUCCUAUAUGUUGCAAGUUUUGGCUCUCGGUCUACUACUGGACUACAAGGUCAGUGAAUUCAUCGAGUUGGUCCAUGAUGCUGUGUUGGAUGCUACCACUGACAGCGUUAUCACAAAUAAAAACCAAGUUCGAACUGUAGUUGCGGUGGCGUCACUUCUCAAUUUUUAUACAGAGGAGGUGUCAUCAGAGCUUUUACGAGUCUUCCCAAUAUUAAUUUCUUCUAAGCUGAUUUCGAAACAAAUUGUUUCAGAAAUCUCCGCUUACUUUAGUAUCGGAUUGAAACCAUUAACAGAAGAUGCCAUUGUAAGUGCAAUUUAUUCUAUUAAUAACUUGCUAGCUCUAGCACAGGAUGGUUUGCCCAUACCUGUUUUCAAAGAAAGGAGAGUUACUGUUUCCGGGGGGGCGAACAAUCACAUUGAUCGCCUGCUAUCACCAAGAUCGCAUAGGGCGAGCACUGUCGGGACCUUUCAAUCGCUGCAAAUGUUUAGGAAUUCUGACACAGAUCUUUCUAGCAUACAGAGUCCCUCUGGUUCAAGCUCUCUUUCCCCUCAACCAAGUCAUUCGGUUGAAAAAACAGCUAUUUACCAUGAUAAACUAUUUGAAAAUGUAGUUGUAGCAACAACGACUAUUGCCUCCAACUAUAAUGACCAAUCGAUAACUGCGUUAUCGGUUACAAUCUUAACUCAGAAGUUCAGGGUUGUUUCUCCAAAGUUGGAUAAAAAGAUAUUAGAGGGUUUAGCAAACUUGGCAGUGUGCGCAAGUGAAUCCGAGUUUUCCUUACUGAUGAAGUUUUUCAACACUGCAACAAAUAGCGCCAUUGAGGGAAAGGAUGUUGAAUCGAUCAAGAAUAUUGUGAAGGCCAAAACAGUCCUUUCUCGUGAAUUAGUCAAGAAGCAACCUCGAAGCCCCCUUUAUAAACUAUACAUGCAUUACCUGUUGGAUGCCAUCGUAUCUCGCGGUGAUGUGGAUCGUUUAGAACACCAUAGGUCCCACAGCGAAAUUGCACAGGUUGCUGAUCAAAUUGCAAUAUACUUGAAACCUCUGGCAGCCCUUUUGCCUGAGCCAGGGCAAGAACCUUUGAAUAUCUCUUUGGAUGAUGUUACCACUAACAUGUUUAGAAAUGUAUGGUUUAAUGCUGUGGUUCAUGGAUUUCACUUGAACUCUAAUUUGACCAUAAAGUAUUAUACUGAGUUAAAAACUAUUGCUUAUAAUUCUCCUCCUCUGGCCUCCGAUUUCCCUUCAAACAAUAGAGAAACAUCUUUAGAAAUGAACACUAUUUUACGCCGUGGUUCCUCGAACCAUAAUUUGAAGCAGCAGAAACAAAUCAUGGCUGAGCAAUUUUCAUUGAAUAUCAUGUCAGCUAGAACUCUGUCGACAUCUAAGAUCAUGUUUCUUUCGGCGACUUUUUUUCUAGAGAGCUUAAGAUGUGAAGCGGGAGAUUGUUCAAAAACGCUACUAUAUUUCUCUGACCCCUCCAUUACGACGAGUAACAUUGAUAAGCUCAUCAACUCGAUUGCAAUCUCUAUGAUUGGUAAGUUCACAAAGCUUAUUGUUAAAGGAGACCCUAAGAUUUUUUCUGCUGAGAACGUAGCCUCUCAGUUGACCAAUCUUCUUCUUCUUUUAACUCAUAGAGAUUCUUAUCUGCAAGACGCCGCUUAUCAAUGUUGUGAUGUUUUUAUCUCCAAGAUUCCUUCGAGUUUGUGUCACCGAAGUUCGCUCUACACUUUAUUGGACUCACUCACAAUGCUUUUUGAUAGUAUCGUGUGUUGCGAAACAAACAAAUAUGAGGCCAAGUUUGAAUUUCUUUUGAAGCAUUCGCGCAGAAGAGUUCUUCUACCGGACUCUUAUCAGUGGCGUACUUCAACAUUGGAAAGAUUACAUCAAUCUGCGAAAAAAUGGACCAGAAGUAUUCUGAAAAUUGCGAAUCAAGACGCAAAAAUCUUACUACAAUCUUAUAUUUCCGAUUUAGGUGACUUCCAGAGACUGAACAGUGUCGAAUUUGGUGUUUCGUUUGCCCUUGAAAUGGCAGGAACUAUUUUGUCUGUUGAUAGAGAACUUUCGAAUAUCAAUCGCCACGGAUACGGUCGGCCAGACAGUGUUUCCGGAUUUUUGUCACAGCAUGCAUGGCGUUCGAGGUUCUUGAUCGAAAAGAAUGUGGUUUCUUCUUACUCGGGUAUUGAGAAAGAGAGAUCAGAAGUGAAAGCGAAAAUUGACGAUUCACUAAGUCAGAAAGAAUCUGUCGAUCAAAAAGAUCUGUCAAACUUUUUGGACCUAUCUGCUACGCUUCUCAUUGUUAAAAAGGGUGAGUCUGCUUCUUUGGUAUAUGACAUUGUACACACACCAUUCCAAAUAUUUACUUCAAGUGCUAUGAAAAUUGCGACAAAUGUUUGGUUAUCUGUGGUAAAGGAAAGGACAGACUUAUCUCACAUCUUGAUCUCUGAAGUUGGACAAUGUUGGAUGCGCUCCAUCGAUGAUCGCAGAGGAUUAUACUCUAAAGAACAUGACUUGGCACCGGAGGAGUUUCAACCUAUGGAGUACGCACCAUAUGACAAGAAAGAAAUCGAUCAGUCAGCGCAUUCUGCAAGCAAAUCCAUUCAGCCUCAUUUACACGUCAUAAGAUUUUUCACGUCUCAUUUUGAAGGCACAAUGUUCGACAGCAGGCAUUUACUACAAUUAUUCACCACUUUAUGUCUUUAUGGAAUGUCUCAUUUGGACUACGCAAGUUUGCAUCCCUUUGCUAGAUUAUCGCGUACUGAACUUUUGAAUUUUGGUAUUCUCGUUUUAAACACCAAUUUGAAGUACAACACCCAAGGUGUUUCUCAUAUAUGUACUUCCCUAGUAAAGGGGGCCUUGAGUUGGUUCAAGAGGCCAUUAUCUUGGCCUUUCGGGGCCAAUGAGCUCAAGAUUAGAGCAGAUUUGGCUUUGUUGAUUGAGUUUUACAAGAGUUUGACUACGCAAAACUCUAAGCUAUCAAUUUAUUGUGGUGACGAUCUGAGCCUAUUGGAAUACUUUCUUGUAAGUGAGAUCCGUCAUCUGGAGGUGUGGCUCAACCCAUUGGCAAAGAGCGCAGAGUCGGCAAAACUGCCAAUGGAUUUGAUAGACAGGGCUUUCGCAAAUGAUGCAGAGCUUGCAGUCAAUUUGGUUGAGAGAUAUUCCACUCCAAAGAAUGAAGAACGUCUAAGAGCAUUGAUUCGUGAGAGCCCUCUUGCAUGCGUUCAUUCGCGUGAGGCACUUCGCCACUUACUCUCGGGGAGUAAAGAUCUCCAUUAUGUACUUUAUUGGCGUUCGGUGAGUCCCUUAGAAUCUAUCAAUCUCUUCCUUCCAGAAUGGGCCACCAAUACCUUUGUUGCACAGUAUAACGUACGUGCACUAGAAUCCCACGACGUCAAUCUAACUUUUUUCUAUGUGCCACAAAUCGUACAAUGUCUCAGGUGUGAUCCUAUGGGUUACGUUGAGCGUUUCAUCGUGGAUACCGCAAAAAUUAGCGUCUUAUUUGCGCAUCAAAUCAUAUGGAAUAUGCUAGCAAAUAGCUUCAAAGAUGACGAAGGUGAAGUCCCUGACGAGCUCAAACCAACACUGGACCGCAUCCGCCAAAAAAUGGUGAAGAAGUUCACUAAUGAGCAGAGAGAUUUUUAUGAGCGUGAAUUCAAGUUCUUUAACGAAGUCACCGGAAUUUCAGGUAAGUUGAAGCCAUACAUUAAGAAAACGAAGGCAGAGAAGAAGCAGAAGAUUGACGAAGAAAUGCAGAAAAUUGCUGUAGAAAAAGACGUCUAUCUCCCCUCGAAUCCUGAUGGUGUUGUUGUCGAUAUUGACCGUCAAAGUGGUAAGCCAUUGCAGAGUCACGCCAAGGCACCUUUCAUGGCAACUUUCAAGAUCAAGAAAACUGUCCGCAACCACGACACAGGCAAAUCAGAGUACAUUGAGAAAUGGCAAGGCGCCAUUUUCAAGGUUGGUGACGACUGUAGACAAGACGUUUUGGCGCUUCAACUGAUUUCUGUCUUUCGUUCCAUUUGGUCAUGCAUUGGCCUCGAUGUUUACGUGUUUCCUUAUCGUGUAACUGCCACUGCCCCCGGAUGCGGUGUGAUUGAUGUGCUUCCAAACUCUAUUUCCAGAGAUAUGCUUGGAAGAGAAGCCGUUAAUGGGCUUUACGAGUAUUUCAUCACCAAGUUUGGCCAUGAAAACACAAUUGAGUUUCAGCAUGCGCGAAACAACUUCGUGAAAUCGCUUGCGGGCUACUCGGUUAUCUCCUAUCUCCUACAAUUCAAGGACCGCCACAAUGGUAAUAUCAUGUAUGAUGAUCAAGGCCACUGUUUGCACAUUGACUUCGGGUUUAUUUUCGACAUCGUGCCCGGUGGUGUAAAGUUUGAGGCCGUUCCUUUCAAGCUCACUAAGGAAAUGGUUCGCGUGAUGGGCGGUUCACCCGACACGCAGGCAUACCGCGAGUUCGAAGAAUUGUGCAUCAAAGCAUACCUGGCUGCGCGCCCCCACAUGAACGCCAUUUUGGAGUGCGUGAAGCCCAUGUUGGGCAGUGGUCUACCAUGUUUCAAAGGUAUUAAGACCAUCAAGAAUCUGGAAUCGCGCUUUGUUCCCCACAAGAGCGAUCAUGACGCUGCCGAACAUAUGCUCUCGCUCAUUAAGAAAUCUUACGAAAGCAUUUUUACAAAGGGUUAUGACGAGUUUCAAAGGCUGACCAACGGCAUUCCCUACUGA